CGCCCGGAGAGUCGCCUGCGAAGCGGCGUCCUCGUCGUCCGCCCCCCUCCGCGAGCGGCAGACGGGGAUUGUUCCAUUGGCAUUGAGGAAGUUGAAUCAAGCAAGAAGGUGAUGAAUGAGGACAUCCGUAUCCAUUCGUGGCCCAGUUCAUAUUACCUCAGCUCCGAGAAACAAUGGGUUUCUGGCAAACUCUCACUGACUCCCACUUCAGUCAGAUUUACAGCUGACAAAUCAGGAAGGCUCCUGGCCAGCUUCCAUCUUUCUAGCAUCAGUGAAAUCAAGAAGGAAUCCUCCAACUUCAUCUUCAGUUCCCUCACUAUUUUGGAAAACAGCACCAAGCACUGGUUCAGUUCUCUUCAGCCCAACCGGAAUGUGGUUUUCAACAUCCUUGAGCAUUUCUGGAGGGAGCAGCUGCUGUCCUCGGAGGGGGCGGGGGCUCAGGCCAUCUGUCCCCAGACAUCCAAGGGGAAGGAGCUCAGCGGCUUGCUGCUGGGAUCUCAGAAACGCCUUGAAGACACGGCGAAGGUGCUCGAGCACCAGGGAGAACAGUUCGAUAACAUCAUGAAGGGGCUGAACAAGAUCGAAUCGGAGAUGGAUGUGGCAGACAGGUUAUUGUCAGAACUUGAAUCUCCGGCUUGGUGGCCUUUUGCUGGCAAACUGUUGAAGGCGCCCUUAGAGGGGGCAAAGCCAAAGGAAGCCCCCACAGUCGCUGGCUCUGGAAACAAGGAAGGAUUGAUAAUACAGAUCCCGGCCCUUAUCACUGAAGGGACGGAUUCUAAUGUCAAGCCAGGCAAACUUGCCCUCUUGGCUUCUGGUCUGGAGAUCAGCAACUCCAGUUCUCAGGUUCUUCAUUGGUUUGACAAGAAGGAUGUAGAUGUUGUCAAAGUUCACACUCCAUAUGAAAUCAGCGUCCGCCAGAGGUUCAUUGGGAAACCCGACAUCAGCUACCAGCUGCUCUCUGCGAAGAUGCCAGAAGCCAUCCCCAUCCUAGAGAUGCAGUUCAGCAAGAAAAUGCAAUUCAUGGAGGCUGCUUUGGGGUUCGUUAGGGCAAGGAAGACCCAUCCGGAAGGCAUUGGCACUUCUAUUUGGCAAGCAGCAUCGGGACUGAUCGGAGACGUAAUGCGAGCUGGGCCUGCAGCCAUCUCUUCCCACGGAGCCAGUAACAGCCCACAGGCCCAACUGCAGCAGCAGCAGCAGCUUGUUUCGGAGACUGAGACUCAGGAGCUGAAGCAGAUUCUCCGGAAGCUGAAGUGCCUGGCCUUGGAAACUGAGAUGGAGUUGGAGAGACAGGACGAAGCCCUCGACGGCAUCACCUCCGCCGCAGACCGGGCCACGAUGAACAUCGACAAGCAGAACCGCAGAAUGAAGAAGCUCACAUAAGCGCUUGGUCGUGACCACGUUGGCAGCCUCCGCCGCUCGCCACCGCAGCCGUGCCGUUUCCGGCAGUGUUGUUUGUGUUCCCUGCUGUACCUCUCAAAGAGGGGGCUUGUGACAAUGAGGAGACCCUGUGGCACGACGGCGUGGAUGCGGGGAGUGGUGUCUUCAGGGGUAGGAAAAGCAAGAGCGUCCUCUGUGCAGUUGGGUUGGUCAGUGCUCCAGACUUCCAGCAGAUCUGAAAAUGCUGCCUUCCUUUUCAAUGGGCAACCUUGGGGGAGGCAGGUCCGUCUUCCCAGGAGGUAGUGGCAUCACUAGAAUUGUGCACUGGUUUGUGGAAGAGCCUUCUUAAGUGCAACCGUGCAAACAAAGGUGUGACCCACAGAUCUUGCCCUCAUUGACCUGUCACGUGACUGAUCGUAAUUAUCAACAGUUUACGUAGUCCUCCUAGUUCACGGUGUCUUUAUUUAUUUUGCCAUAAAGGGAGUGAUAGGCCUGUUGAGCCUUAAAACAGCAUGUGCUCCAUGAAUUUAUGUAAGACAAUGUUGUUCUGUGAAUGUAGGAAUAGCCCUGCUGGCUUAAACCCCCCACCCACCUAGGCCAGCCUUCUGCGUCCAAAAUACGGAGGCCAUCCGUAUGUUUCUGGACUUCCACUGUUGCUUGUUUCUGGUAUCUUAUACUCAGAGCUGUACUGUUUCUGACUGUGGAGGCCUCUAAUCCCUUUCUCAAGGUAAUGGCGCUGACUCAUUGAUGUAGAUGGACCAAGAAGUGCUUUUCAAUGAACUCUGUUCAUUUUCAAGUGACAUCCUGUUUCAAUUGUGUUUUCCAAAGAGGUACAUAAGAGACUUUCUAUACCUAUGUUGCACCUUACACGUUCAAAAUAAGAGGAAACAGAAUGGGGAAUGAGUGUAAAUAAUACUGGUACUUUAUUGGUCCUAUUGUAUUAAAACCUGUUUAGCAAGAUACAAUUUAACUUAACACGUUGGUCACCCCCCAAAUGCUUUAUAGAUUAAGUUUUCGAUAUAACAUAGAGCAUUUUCCCUUGGUCCCUAUCAUGUUAAAUAUGGUGGUUGAUUGCUAUUGUCCUGUGUUCAUUUUGGCAUAGUUCUGUGUCUGAUGUCAGAUUAUUUUGAGUUUUGAAAGUUCACAGCACAGAUAGAGAAAUUUUAGCUCUGGAAACAGGACUCAGGGUAAAAUUUGGAACUCGGAGGCAUCAUUUGGGUCCUAGGGCUGAAAUAAGCGGUGUAUUUGGCACCAGGAUUUGAGUUUGGAUGCACUUGGAAAUUAAAUUAGUGUACUUCAAGCAUUUCAGCUGGAAGAUCUGAUGGACUCAUUGAAUGUUGUUACAGAUGGAAAUCUGUUUUAGUUCUAUUUCAAUCAUAAUCCAAUGUCUCUUGUUUGCUAAUUGCCAUUGUGAAGCAGGCUGCAGAAAAAUGGCUUAAAGCAAAAGUGGUUCAGUGCCAAAUUUUUGUGAGGGUUGCGUGUCAGUGCAGAAAUUAUCAUUUGAGAGACGGAGGGUCCAUGAAAAAUUGCCCUUGUACUCGUCUCUGUGUUUUUCACACUUUGCUAGUCUGUUGUGUUUGUUACUCAAAAAUGCUGCUGCUUCGUUUUUUACUUUAUUGUGUUUUGUUGUUUCUUAAGUAAAGGGAUUUUUUUUCUAACUGUGUGAUCACAUGAGGCGAAGGGACAGAUCCUGGGGACUAGUGAUGGUGCUGAGCCAGCCCUGAGUGGACUCCGCAGCCUGCCCUGCUCCCUGAGAUUCAACCCACAGUCCAGGAUGCUGAAUAGAGGAGGCUGCCAUCUUGCCCUUUUGCCUCAGGCCCGGGCAAGCCCUGCAAUCACACCUAAUCUUGGAUCGGCUCAAGAACACGGCAGCGCUAUGGCAUCUCCCACCCAGUUAAUUUGUUUUGUCUCGACAACACUCUCCCUGCUGGCAGACAAUGUCCUUGGCCCUUUCUCGCAACAGGGGGAGGAGAGGACAAGAGGAAAAACACUCCCUUGUCUACCCAGUGCUCAGCCCGCUGCUGGUUUUUGCUUUGCAGAACUCCUGCUGGAACCAGGGCUAACCCUCCGUAGCUGUACAUGACUCUGUUGGAACAAUACGUCGAAGCAGACAGAUGCAUGUCUCAGUGCACACAUCCAAAUUUAUGCAAUACGUACAGACAGCCUUCGCAUCCCGAGGCACAUCCGGCUGCCGCUGGUGUCCAUCGGCACCCUUCCGUGAGCAUGCAAGGAGAGCAGAACCCCCCAUUGCGUUUCCAUCUUCAAGGAAUCGGCUCCAGGCACGAUUGGAUCAGGCUGGGAGAGGCUGGCCCAGUUGCUUCAGUGUUCCCCUUUGUCCCGCCCCAGUUUUGCACAGAGAUGCGGAAAAUUGCCAGAGGGGGCAUAUGUUCUGUGGAGCACAAAAAAGUUAAUGAGAUACCUCCCCUGAACCCUGCUUUGCCUCCGCGUGCGGAAGCACUUGGCACCUUAGCAGCUAGCUCGUGGCGUCAUGAGUUUUCAUUGGCCAGGAUCCAGUUCAUCCGUUACAGAGAAAGCAAUGUUAGCUUUGGCUACAGUCCUAUAGACUUGUUCUGGGGAAUAAGCCCCAGUUGAGUUCACUGGAAGUUACACACGAGUAGACCUAUAUAGGAGUAAGCUAUUAGCUCUAGUGAUGUUUUUGCAGAUAAAGGGACACAAUGUAGAUGGCUUUUCUUUCCCUCCCAAAAAAGUCUGAUCUUUCUGGGAUUUUGCCUCAAUUUAGCCAAGCAAAAGGAAAUUUCUUCAACUCCUGGUGAAUUAGUUUACUACAACUAGUGUGGUUAUUGUUUCAGUUUUACUAAUUAAGUAGCAAAGCCGUUAAACAUGUUUGGAAUCACUAGCUGGGAAUGCAGCAAUCACAGAGUCAGGCAUCCUUUUGUGGUGGGUGACCUUGAGGUCAUAAAUCAGACCCAAAGUGUGUUAAUGUCUAUUCCGAUUUCCCAGACUCUUAAUGAUUGUUUUGCAAGUCUUUUGUAUGCUACAUCUGAGUCUCUUGGCAUGCCUUGGUACCCUAGGACAUUUUUCUGUGUAUACUAAAAUACAGAUAAGUUUUAUAUGCAGUACAGUAAAUUAUUCUAUCGAAAUAAUUGAUAGGUGCUUUUGGUGUGUUGCAUUGCUACUUUUGUUUUAAUGUGAGAAAAACAUGUGUUUACAGGACUCUUAAUAUGCCUAUACAUUGUAUUGUUCAUAAGGAUGCUUUGUGUUCAUGAUUGAUCUUUCGUGCUUUGGCACCCCCAGUACUCCCCCAGCAUGUUACUGAUUUGGAUGUGAGUGAACAAAGAAAUUGGGGAUAUUGACUGCUGAUCUCAACAUGCCACCUUUGUGAUGGGGCACCAUUAGUAGCAUUUCUGUUGACAAUCUUUAUGUAACAUAAUUCAUGGGGCAGUGCCAGUGACUCAGAAAAGGUGCGGACAAGGAAUCUGGCAAAAUCGUAAGGGGACAAACUCACCACGCGGAGAGUUGUUAAGGUGCUGAAAUGGCUGCCAUUUCGGCUUAAGCUGGAGUCAGCGUGAAUUGAAUGGCCAGAACGGUGACGGGACUUGCAAUGGCUGAGCUUCUUACACCAUGAAGUAGAUGCCACAGUUGGAAAAGGACUAAAGAUUCUACUAUCCAUGCAGAAAUGAGAGAUUGGCAAAAUCCUGCACACUGCUCAAGAUAAAGCUGCCUUUUUGACAGUUUUCAGUCUUCGUGAGGUUUGGGGAGUAAAUAGCCAGGAUGUGUUUCUGAAUUUCAGAAGGCAUGAAUGAGCCAACUAUUAGACCCAUCAGAUGAUGGUGGUGGUGGUGGUGCUUUGACACUUGUUGCAACCUCAGUUCUUCAGAAAAGAACGCAAAAGUCUGGAAAUUACGGUGAGCAACGGGGAACCCCACGUACUCUGCUCUCCCCUUGCUUUGUAGAGGUUUCACACGUUCAGAAUUUGGAAGAAACGUGGAAGGAAGAGUUCCAGAUAAGGAAAUCAAAUAUCAACAAAUCAAUGCCUGUUUGGGGAGUAUGAGUUUUAGAAGAAAAGGUUGAGCAGAUAAUUGUCAUCCUACUAAAAAAGCCCAAAAUAUUUGCAUUUUGCAAAGGAAAUGGAUUAGAACAAAUUAUAUUUAAGCAAAUAUGUCUACUGCAUUUUUAAAAAAUGAGUUGCAUUAGCACACUGAACAUUAGAGUGCUUGUACUUUUGUUUGGUUGCAUUCACUUUCUGCCUUUUUCUUUUAAAAGGACUGCGUUUUUACUUGUUUUAAUUUUCAGAAUCACAUUUAUUUUUGCAAAUGUUAAAUAUUUGAUUUCAAUUCUCUUGACUUCGGAAGAGUGGUGGAUUUCUCAAACCAUUCCAUUUAGGAUGUGGUCAAAACAGUUCCCAAGUUUGAAUGUACCUGUUCAGUUGUCCCAUUGUAGCUUGUUAUUUCCUGUUAUUAAAAUAGUGGGAUAUCUU